AUGGCCUGUCUCAGCGAAUGUCGAUUCCUGAAUCGAGCAUUAACAAUUGACGAUAUAUCCAAGAAGCCCCAUUGUAAGAAUCUGAAAUUCAAACGUGCGUUCCAGUUUCUUCAGUUGCUGUUACUACAACGUGUCUAUUGCAUUGAUGUCAUGUCAUGUACAAAAUUUCGGCGGCCAAUGAAACUUUGUCAACAACGACGAGAAGAAGAUCAUAACUAUGAGGUAUUUCUAGGUGGCUCAUGUAAUCCAACAACGUGGCGGCAUGAUCAGGCAAUACCAUACUUUCAAUCUCGGUCCGUAUCGUUUUAUAAUCCGCAAGUGUCCGAGUGGACACCCGAACUUGUUGAAAUUGAGCAUCGCGCAAAAGAAUUAGCGCCGCUAUUGUUCUUCGUUAUCGAUUAUGAUACGAGGGCGUUAGCAUCUAUUAUUGAGGUAUCGUAUCUAGCUGCGCGCGGGCGAAGUAUAAUUGUUGUUAUGACUCCUAUGCCGGAGAGAAAGUAUACGAAAUUCAUUCAAGAAAAAAACAGUGCCAACGAAAAAGACGAUGAAGAUGAUUAUGAAAAUGCGUAUGAAGGUCGAAGAACAUUACGAACAUUGUUACGAAGUUUGAAUAUUCCAUUCUUUGAUAACGUACAAUUAGCUCUUGAAUGCGCUGCUUUCAUACUUGAGUCAACUAAACGAACAGUAUAUACUCAGAGUGUUUUUAAUGAAAACAAUGAAGAGGAUGGCAAUGAACGAGAUGUCCUAACGCCUUUGCCCAUGUCACCCGGUGAAUAUGAUGAUAAAAGACCGUCAUCCGUAGUUGUCAUUCGUUCCCUCUCGAAUAAAACAUCGUUCGAUUCACCCGAUGAAUUCUAUAAGCAAAUGCAUCAAUCAGAAAUGAUGACAUCGAUGUCACCGUUCCGUCGACGACGCAGUUCAACUCCAGAGCCAAAUAUGACGCAAUUUCGAUCAACAACUGCUUGUACAAAAUCCCAAAUAUCAUGUUCAACAAAUGAAAGUGAUGAUGAUGGGUAUGGCUCACUUUCAUCAAGUAAUCGCACACUCUCUUCAUCAUCGCUGUCCGUUUCUUCGGAAUUAUUCGAAGCUACAAGCGAUCAACAGCGUGAAGAUAAUGUUACAGGAUCUGAUAAAAACGUAUCGAACUCCACAAUUAACAAUUUGAUUUCAAGAUUUUAUUCUUAUAUUCCAUUUGUGGGUUCAGCCCAACCAUCAGAUUCAUCAGUAACACAAUCGCUCUUCGUAUUAUUUACUCUUCCAUUUCGUUUUAUCAAACAAUCAUUGCUUUCUCCUACUUCAUCAACACCAUCCAUCUCCUCAUUUCCAACAUUCACACAAACAACUCCCUCGAGUCCAUCUCCAUGCCAUGCUUUGUUUCAACCACCUACGCAUAUGUUUGAUCUUUACAUAGCAUCAGGUACUAGUGAUGAAUGUUGGUUGAACACUUUUGCUCUUCCAAUGCUGGAGCAAAUCAAUGUAACAUUCAUCAAACGACAAUCAUGUCAUGAAAACGAUCAAACCGACGCACUUGAUGACAUACAUAUACGUAAACAAUCACGUGUUUUGUUCUAUAUGAUUAAUGGCCGUGAACGUUUGUCACCUUUAACCAGUGAACUAGCAUUUCACAUCGGUCAACGUAAACAUAAGAUCGUAGUUUAUCUGCUACCAAAUAUCGAUGACGAUGCUGACCAGAUUUGUUCGGCAACUGAACGCCGAGAUAUUCAACGUUCAAGAAAAUAUCUCGAAGACUUAAUCUACAUUUGCUGCCAGACGUCAGAUAGAAGUGAAAGAAAAAUAAAACACAUUGAUAGAAAGAAAAAAAAAUGCUCUGUCUGUGUCAAUACAGAAAUAACUGAUUGA